CCAACGGCCCGGGAAGCACCCACCGGAAGUGCCCGUCUGGAGAGGUGGAGCCCGGUCGGUGCCAGCGGCGGCCGUUGCCAGGAGCCCGCGUUGCCGCCGGAGACCCUUAAUAUGGCGGGGAGGAGGAGGAGAAGGCGGCGGCGCUCCGAGCUGCGCUCUCUCGGCACCCACUGAGCCUGGUGCUCGCUGCUCGGGCCCGCGGGGUGCAGGGGAGACCAGUUAGUUGAGCCAGUGACCCAGAUUCGUUUCUCUGAUGCCUUUUCCAAGAGCCUACUGUGUGCUGACCUGGCAGUGACGGGCAUGUGGUGAGCGGGACCCGGACGGAGCCUGUGCGUAUGGAGCUUCCGCCUUGGCGGAUGAAGACAGACAGAAACGGAGGAAAUAGAGGAGAUAAUUUCAGAUAGUGUGUGGUUGUGGAAGAUGGAGGAAUAUGAGAAGUUCUGUGAGGAAAGUCUCGCCAGAAUCCAAGAGGCACCUUUGUCUGCAGACAACUUUCUGCCUCCCGGCUCCGACAGCGUCUCACUUAUCCGCUUCCAUGGGGUUGCUGUGCUUUCUCCCCUGCUCAAUCUUGAGAAAAGGAAGGAGAUGCGGCAGGAGAAGCAGAGAGCCCUCGACGUCGAAGCAAGGAAGCAGGUCAAUAGGAAGAAAGUUUUACUGACACGAGUCCAGGAGAUUAUCGAAAAUGUUCAGGUUAGAAAAGCCCCGAGCGUCCCCGCUUUUGAGCUGUGGGAGAUGGAAACCGUUUACUCUCAUCCGGACGCUAAAAGCUUGGACGUGGCCCCCGCCUUUCCAAACCUCCUGCCAGGCCCCGUCGAGCACUCCACGCUAGCGGGGCCCGAGAGGCCGGCUGGACCUUUGCCAGCGAACCACGAGGACCCGUCGGAGGCGAACGGGAUGGACGUAGCCACGGAGCCAGAAGCCUUGGGGCCCCUCAAGCCGGGUGACAGGUCAGACUCUGGCCGCCUCGACAGUGACGCCCUGCCCAUGGCCCACCCCGCAGCCUCGCUGGAGACGCUCUUUCUGGAAAGUUCCCGCCCGGCCAGCGGAGACCAGGAGCUGUCCCCCGGGGGCGAGGGCACGCCCGACCCCUACGUCCUGAGUCUGCAGAACCUGAUGAAGAAGUCCAGGGAAUACAUCGAACAGUCCCGCCGCAGCCUGAGCGCCGGUGGCAGGAGGAGCGCCCACGACAGUCACUCAGACAAGGAGAACGAUGCCGUGAGAGUGACCGCGAGGGCGGCGGAGAGGGCCCAGCCGGCGGGCAGGCACGGCGGCGCCGUCAUCCCCGACAAACCAAGCCUUAACAAGUCCAACGUUCUCCUGCAGGGCGUUUCCGCGUCAGCCAGCAGCCUGCGGGGGGCCGGCUGGGGCGGCCUGUCCCACGUGGACCUGCCCUUGGUCCCCACCGGCCCGGCCGCCGGCGUGGACCCUCACCCUGCCGGUCAAGGCCUCCCCGCGUUUGUCCCCGAGAAUAAUGUCAUCAGAAGCCUCCCCGGUUCCUACGCCAAACUACCCAGCCCAGAGCCCAGCCUGAGCCCCCAGAUGCACCGAAGGCGCUCCCGGCCGUCCUCUGCGUGUCACAUCCUCAUCAAUAACCCCAUCAACGCCUGCGACCUCAGCCCCAAAGGGAAGGACCCCGCCGUGGACGCCGUGGUGCCGGAAGCGCCUGGCCCCGACCCUGUGCCAAAGUUCCCCUUCGAUGUCGCAGGAGUUGUUGGUCCCGGCAGGGUUCACGGCAGCACUCACACUCCCGAAGCGGUCGAGGAACCGGUGGCGGGGAAGCUGAGCCCGGCGCCUCCGCCUCCAGGAAGUCUGCCAGAAGAUGAGCUCCUGCACGGACUCGCCCUCGCGGAGGGUCAGUCCGCAGCCGACGGGAGAGGCCCCCACCAGAGGGACAGUGCCGGCCCUGCAGUGCCAAGAAUACCCGAGCCGGGCACCGCGGGCCCGAUCGCCCCGAGUCCCCCCAACGUGGCGACUGCCGGUGGUCUCAAGCCGGCCGGCGCCUUGGAGAAGAACGCCAGCCCCUCGCAGCCGGCGCUGAACAAGUCUUACGACGUGAAGAACCCCUCUCCUCUCCUGCUGCAGAGCCAGAGCGCCAGGCCGCACGGGGAGCCCCCCGCCGCGCCCGCGGGGAGGGACCAGGUCGGGGAUCCCAGUCUGGAGAAAGUGAAACGGAGGCUUGACCUGGACGCCGACGGUCUGCAGAAGGAGAACUGCCCGCUCGCCAUGGCCGGCGGAGUCAGUGAACCGGAAAGGCCACAGUUGUCAGAAAAGCGGCUCCCCAAGGCCUCCGGCUGCCUGCACAGGAGUAAAAUCCUCGAAAGCGCUUCCAAAGAGGGCGAGGAGAUACUCCGAUGCAAGAUGCUGGCGUUCGAGGAGAUGCGCAAGAGGCUGGAGGAGCAGCACGCCCAGCAGCUGUCCCUGCUGAUAGCCGAGCAGGAGCGGGAGCAGGAGAGGCUGCAGAAGGAAAUCCAAGAGCAGGAGAAACUGUUAAAGGAGAAGAAGUUGAUUCUAGCAGAGGCCUCGGAGCUGGCGGUGGGGAAGGCAGCGGACUCGGAGUGGAGGAAGAUGAGUGACGCGGGGCUGCUGGAAGCGAUGCUGGCCCAGGCGGACCCCCGGCGCCCCCGCAGCCCCGGCGGCUCUGGUCUCCAGCACGGCUUGGUCUCUGCCACUGACGCGCCGUUCUACCUCUGGGGCUCGGCGGCCAGCGGCCUGGCCAAACUCCCGGUCCCGAGGCCCUCAGGAAGGGCCAAAGCAAAAUGGUCUCAGGUCUUCAGUGCAGAAGUGCAGGUGAAGUUCGACAAAAUAACCGCAGUGGCAAGAGGGUUUCUCACUCGGAGGCUCAUGCAGACCGAUAAGCUGAAGCAGCUCCGGCAGACUGUGAAAGACACGAUGGAAUUCAUCCGGAGCUUUCAGUCGGAAGCGCCCCUGAGGAGAGGCGUCGUCUCGGCCCAGGAUGCUUCUCUGCAGGAGAGAGUGUUGGCUCAGCUACGAGCUGCUCUGUACGACAUUCAUGACAUAUUCUUCGUGAUGGACGCGGCGGAAAGGAUGUCCAUCCUCCACCAUGACCGGGAGGUUCGCAAAGAGAAGAUGCUCAGGCAGAUGGAUAAAAUGAAAAGUCCACGGGUGGCUCUGUCUGCCGCAACACAGAAGUCUCUCGAUAGGAAGAAGUUCAUGAAAGCUGCUGAGAUGGGAAUGCCAAAUAAGAAAUUUCUGGUUAAACAAAAUCCUUCUGAAGCAAGAGUCCUUCAGCCCAACCAAGGGCAGAACGCGCCAGCUCAUCGGCUGCUCAGCCGGCAAGGAACCCCUAAGGCAGCAGUGAAGGGGGGUGUGCCCGCUAGACAGAAGCCUUCACAGAGCAGAGAGCCUAGCAGAGCGCCUGCGUCAGGAGUAUAUGCAGGAAAAAUCCAAAGAAAGCGGCCAAAUGUUGCGACAAUUUAAGAAGACAACAUUCACUGGGAUGAAAAAGAAAAGAAAAGAAACAGUGGGGGAAGGUCCCCAGGCUUCUGUUCUCUCUGCCUGAGGCUGUUUCUCCCCAGACUCUGUUUACACAGGCACAGUGAUGUCCUGUCUAAGGGCUGGUCAGUGGGUCAGUCCGGCUAAUCCUGACCCCGCGGGUCCCCUUCUCUUAAUACCAGGUGUGGGGGAAGACCCUUCUUGUUUAGCAAUUGCCUCCUCUCUGUGCUUCACCUGUACGAACAUCAGUUUGUUUUCCACACUCGGGUGUUUGCAGGGAACCUUUUGUGUACAUUUAAAAGACAUUUGGGUUUAUUUCUGUGAAAUACUGGACAGGUGGGUUGAGUGAGCAGGAAGUUCUGAAACAGAAGUUUCCGGCAUUUUCUGCACACCGACGGACGAGUCUGAGAAACCAAAUCAGAUCCUGCUGCAAGCCGGGGGAAAUGAUGACAGAAGAAUUUGUGGGGGCUGGAGCAAUAGCUCAGCGGGGAGGGCGUUUGCCUGACAUGGGCUGGCCCAGGUUCGAUUUCCCAGCAUCCCCUAUGGUCCCCCGAGCACCGCCAGGAGUGAUUCCUGAGUGCAGAGCCAGGAGCAACCCCUGAGCAUCGCCGGGUGUGACCCAAAAAGAAAAAGAAAAAGAAUUGUGGUUUUGUUUUUUGGUUCCCUUCUGCUUUUGUGCCUCUCAACAGCGCUUCUUCUGCCUUGCAUGCGUGAGGCCUCCAGGUUCUACCUCCGGCCCUGCACACUCGGCUCUCCUCUCCCCCAGCCUGGGACUCCACAGAGCUGCCGCAGAGGGGAGAACCCCCUGCCUGCUGCCCACGGCCCACCUCUGCCUGCCCCCGAGGCGGCCGGGGCCUCCUGGUUCCAAGCACAUGCGCCUUUGACCCACUGGCAACUCAGCGGGCCGGUGGGUUGGUUCCCACCACAGGACUGUCAACGAGUGUCUCUGCCAACCCGUCGAGGCUUCCCGGGAAGGGGAAAGGGCACACCCUAGCUGCAAGACGAGCGCCUGGGAACGUUCUCCCCGCCGCGCCCCCCAUCCACCCCGUCUGUAGAAAUCAAGGAUUCCACGUUGCAUGCCCGUGGCGCUUCUCUGUCGUUCUGCUUCGUCUCCGUUGGCCUUUUCUAGCACGCGUGACGAGACCAAAGGGCCGUCUGCCGGAAGGAACGCGGGCUUUCUCGAAGUUGGGACCGUGAUAUUUUAGGUUGAGAAUUCUGCAUUACUGGGGCUGGAGCGAUAGCACAGCGGGUAGGGCGUUUGCCUUGCACGCGGCCGACCCGGGUUCGAUCCCCGGCAUCCCAUAUGGUCCUCCAAGCACCGCCAGGAGUGACCCCUGUGCAUCGCCUGGUGUGACCCAAAAAAAAAGAGAAUUCUGCAUUACUGCUGGUUGAAGGGUUCCCGUCACUCACCUGCCCACCUCAAACCAGAACCCCAAAAUGUUACCGAGGGAAUGUGAUUUUAGGGAGGGUCCCGCAGGUUCCCGAAAGCACCGCCAGGAGUGGUGCCUGAGCACAGAGCCGGGAGUCAGCCUUGAGCACUUGCUGGGCGUGACCCCAAAACAGAAGAACACAACAAAAUUCACCUUCACAUCCAGCUGGGGACAUCAAAUAAUUAACUCUUGGCAUCAACUUGUUUUUUUUUCACUGAGAUGUAUCAGUUUAUUGACUGAGAGAACCAGGAAUUAUAGAAAAGAGUAAAAGUGUCUUGAGGUAUCAGGGUUUCUUUAUUUGUAGAAAAAAUAGAUCAGGGCUUGAGCGAUAGCACAGUGGGUAGGCUGUUUGCCUUGCAUGCAGCCAACCCGGUUCAAUUCCCAGCGUCCCAUAGGGUCCCCCGAGCACCACCAGGAAUAACCUCUGUGCAACGCCGGGUGUGACCCAAAAAUCGAAAAAGAAAAAAAAAGUAGGUCAAAUUAUCCUCUUGAGAUGACAAAUUGUGCUUUAUUAUUCUGAAAACUCAGGAUAUUGCUCACUGUGUUGUGGUGGGCCCUCUCCGAUAAGAAAGACAGAUGCUGACGGUGUGUACAUUAAUGCAGAUUAGUUUUUAAAAAGCAGUGUGUUUUGAAGGAAGUUGAAACUAGUUUUAGAUUAAGGAUGAGGACCUUGAGUGGUUUUCAUGUAAAGAGAAAUGUUUGUGUUGUACACGUUUUUUUCAUGUUCACAGAUUUUUCUCAUCAAAGUGCCAUUGUUUUGUGCUUCUAAUGGAUUUUUAUUUAUAAACAUUUUGUUAUUUUUUUUGUUACUUUGAGUGGAUUGUAUUAAUGUAAAUCAUAUUUAUUUUUAUACUUUCAUUUUCACUAAGUUUGCUUCUAGACAAAAGAGAAAAUAAACUUUUCUUCUGAAAAGCAA